AUGUCGGGCAACGAUGACGCCGACGAGCAGCACCGCUAUAGGCCGCCUCACACCGAGAAGCACCAGAUACCCACCAUCAGCCGGUAUCGCGAGGAGAAGAAGGCACGUCAGUCCGCAGCCCAACAGUACGGUGACCAGGGUGACCAGACCGACUACGGUGAGCGCCAAGAAGUCGACCGACCGUAUGAGCCCGAGGACUUUGAUGCCGGCGAAUCGCAGAACCAGCAGGAGGACGAUGAAUCGCCUGUAGACACUUCAGAGGCUGACGCCGGUGCUGAGGACCCGCGGACCAGGCGAAAAGACUUGAAGAAACGCAAGGAUGAGAGGGCUGAUAGAGAAGUUACUGAUCCUGUUACCCAUCUGCCAGUCUGGAUCCAUGACCUGACUUCCGCCGCAUUGGAAGAGGUUCCCGAGAACGAGGAACCCUUUGGAUCUACCACGAGGACUGCUACCGGGCUGAGCAACAAGCGGAAGUCCGGAGACCAGCUCCAGCAGGAGACGAGAGAUCUGCAGCAAGGUCACGAUGACAUGCGGACAUUGUUCCCGCCACCCAACUUCGACACCAUUCAAACAGAGCUGGCAGACAUCUCUCGACGCGGUGUAACCAUUGGGCUCAUAGGUGUCGUCGUGCUAUUGGUGCUCGCUGGUGCAUUGGAGCGAUUGGUCAAUUCCGACUCUAUCGCUGGUCACCUGAACGAGAAAACGAGCAUUCCUCGGUGGUCAGUCCGCCUCACAUUAUGGGCUAUUCUGGGAUCGGCAGCAUCGGGCGCAGUGGCUGCGUUGAUCUGGGCUGUGAGAGAUUGGAUGGGAAAGCGAAUAGAAAGCCUGUGGGAUGACGAGAUCUGGAACGCGAAUGGUGAGAAGACUGUUGCAUCGUCAGAGGGACAUGACACCGAAUCGGUUGCUUGGCUCAAUGCUCUGCUUGGGUCGGUGUGGCCGCUGAUCAAUCCGGAUCUCUUCACAAGCCUAGCGGAUACUCUCGAGGAUGUCAUGCAGGCGUCACUUCCGAAAAUGGUGCAGAUGGUCAGUGUCAAUGACAUUGGCCAGGGAAGCGAGAACAUUCGGAUUCUCGGGAUCAGGUGGCUGCCCACAGGCGCUGCGGCCCGGGCUGUCAAUGAAGAUGGAAAACUCGAGAAAUCUGACCAGGACAAGGCAAAUGACCGCCAGGUCUCGGGCGAAGGCGAGGUGCAGAACGGCGAAAAGGGCCAGAACGGCAACGGCAACGGCAAUGAUCAGACAGAGCAGGCCCAGGAUGGAUCCCAACAGCAAACCGCCGAAGGUCUGGAGGCCGAAGAUGGCGACUUCAUCAACAUGGAAGUCUCCUUUGCCUACCGUGCACGCUCUGGCAAGCGCAGCAUCAAGGACCGAGCGAACGACAUGCACCUCUACAUGGCCUUCUACCUCCCAGCAGGCGUCAAGUUCCCAGUGUGGGUGGAUCUGCGCGGUGUGGUAGGCACCGUGCGACUGCGACUCCAACUGUGUCCGGAUCCUCCUUUCUUCUCCUUGUGCACGUUCACAUUCCUGGGCCAGCCGAAAGUCGAGCUCUCGUGCACGCCGCUUUCGAAGCAUGCGGUCAAUAUUAUGGAUGUGCCGCUCAUCAGCAACUUUGUGCAAAGCUCGGUCGAUGCCGCGAUGGCUCAAUACGUCGCGCCGAAGAGUCUCAACCUUGACCUCAAGGACAUGCUAGCGGGCGACGACUUCAAGAAGGAUACCGAUGCGAGAGGAGUGUUGGUGGUGAACAUCAAGCGGGGGUAUGACUUCAAGACUGGCGAUCAGGGGAUCCCGCUCAUUAAGGAUGGCUCAUCCGAUCCUUAUGUCAGUGUUGGGUGGGCUAAGUUCGGGAAGCCGAUGUGGUCUACAAGGCUAUUGCUGAACGAGAUGGAGCCCUGGUGGGACGAAACUGCCUACGUCUUGGUGACGCCAGAGGAGCUGAAUGUGGAUGAGCGCAUCAGAGUGCAGCUCUGGGACUCUGAUCGGAUGACUGCGGAUGAUGAUCUCGGUCGAGUGGAAGUAGACCUCAAAGAGAUCAUGCGACGCGAUGAGUCCAACAGCAAGAUGUGGCAUCGGGAGGACGGCUUCCGCGCUCUUAAGAAGGGCGAAAACAUGCCCGGCAAGCUGGAAUGGAGCAUUGGCUAUUUCUCGAAGGCGCGGAUACAGCAGUGUCAACUGGAGAAGCAAACGUUCGAUCCCCAAAUCAAGAGUCUGGAACAACUCGAGAAGAAGGCCGACGAAGUCUGUCAACGAAAGCUGCGUGAGGCACAUAUCAAGGAGGGGCGGCACAAAGGCGACGCAGAUGAGCUGGAGCAGCAGAAGGCGCAGGAGUUCAAGAGCAUGCAGGAUGCCAUGGUUAUUUCUUCUCCUCCGCCGGACGGCUUCCCAAGCGGCGUCUUCAGCAUUCAGAUCCACCAGAUUACGGGUCUCGAGCUUGAGAAAGUCAGCAAGACUCAGAAUGAGAAAGCCGAAGAAGGCAACGACGAAGAGGAAGAAGGCGAGGGCCUCCCGUCUGCCUACUGCACAGUCAUCAUCAACCACAACAAAGCCUUCAAGACGCGCACGAAGCCCAAGAACGCGAAGCCCUUCUACAACGCCUCCACCGAACGCUAUCUCGCCGACUGGCGGAGCGCGGAGGUCUACGUCUCUGUGCGCGACGCGAGAGUCAAAGAGGACGACCCACUGCUCGGUAUUGUCCAUCUACCGCUGUGGGAGGUCUUCAAGGAGCGCUCGCAAGUCAACGGCUUCUACCCUGUGGCCGGCGGGAUCGGAUACGGCCGCAUCCGUCUCUCCAUGGUUUGGCGAAGCGUACAAUUACAAGCUCCACCUGAAUCUCUCGGCUGGCAGUACGGCACGCUAGAAAUCCCAUCUCCAAUCUCAGAGGUCGAAGUAUCGGAGGAGCUGAAGCAUUUCAAGCUGAAGUUCCACACCGACUUGGGAAGCGGGAAGAUGUAUCCUGACAAGCACUCUGGCACUUGGAAGUCGAAGCAUGAUCAGAGCCUCAAACUUCCCGUGCAUAAGCGGUACAGUACCAGUCUCGCGAUUGAAUUCCGCCAUACCGGCACCUUCCGGGACCAAACCCCAGCAUUCGCCGUACUAUGGCUCAAAAACAUCCCGGACGAAGAAGAAAAGGAAAUGACCCUCAACGUCUGGAAAGGCGACUACGAGCGCGCGACCAAAAACGCCCUCCCCGAAUGCGGCGAGAAAGUCGGCACCAUCAAGCUCCGCCUCACCUUCUGGAACGGGCUCGGUUCUGCCCAUAGUAAAUGGGCUUCCAAGCAAAAGGAAGUGAGCGAUGUGGUCGAGGUGCUGGAGGCGGCGCGGGAUAAUCUGGAGGAGAUGCAGCAUGAGAAGGAAGCCGGAAUCGUGGACGGUGAGGAUACGGAUAGCAGUGACGAGGAACAUGGGAACGGAAAGGUUGAGGGUGAUGAUGGGGAAGGGAAGAAAGGUCCGGUUGAGAAGGUGAAGGAUUUGAAGAAGCAGCAGGGGCAUUUGAGUCGGCAGAAUCGGGGGGUGAUGCAGUGGAAGAUCCCUCGAACAGCGCAGUGGGCUUCGCAUAAGCUUGAGCGGACGGAGUCGAAGCUCCACGGGCUGUUUCAUCACCAUACCAAGCAGUCGGGAAUUGAGACGGAGGUGUAG